AUGGAAGAGGUAUCAGACGACGCAGAGAAUAAAGAGUUCCACGCAGUACUCACCUCCUAUUACAACGGCGAUACAGAGUGCUUGGAUAGUGAAUCAGCAGCUGUUCUGUUGCCUGAAAGCAGGAAGACACAGGAGAAGCAAAACCCAGAAUCUGAAUUCAACAUGAGGAACCUGAUGAUCAAUGUGCUCAACUUGUUUUUUGCUGGGACAGAGACUGUUAGCAGCACUAUUAGACACGGACUUCUUAUUUUUCUGAAAUAUCCAGAAAUCCAAACAAAAGUGCAGCAGGAAAUUGAUCAUGUGAUAGGGCAUAAUCGUUGCCCAAAUAUUGAUGAUAGGAGUAAGAUGCCGUACACAGAUGCAGUGAUCCAUGAAAUCCAAAGGUUUUGUGAUAUUAUCCCAACUAAUUUACCUCAUGCCGUCAUAAAGGAUACUAAAUUUAGAGGAUAUACAAUACCAAAGGGUACAAAAGUUUUCCCUUUGCUAUGCUCCGUUUUACGAGAUCCAACACAAUUCUCUACACCGGACAAAUUCAACCCAAAUCAUUUUCUGGACGACUCUGGCUCCUUUAAGAAGAAUGAUGCGUUCAUGCCAUUUUCUACAGGGAAACGGAUAUGUAUAGGGGAGGGCCUGGCUCGUAUGGAACUUUUCCUUUUCUUUUCUAACAUCCUACAGAACUUUACACUGACCUCUAAAAUGCAGUUUACAGAAGCUGAUAUUGUCCCCAAAAUGACUGGAAUUGCAAACGUUGCUAUACCUUACAAGUUGUCUUUUGAAGCUCGCUAAGAAUUCAAUCAGUUAUCCAAUGCUGCUCAUGAGAAAGUUUUUUACGAUUCUUAAAGACACUGUCCAUCAUUAUUAUGACGGUGUUUAGGUUGGAGACUAUCCGGGAUGUUGAUAGAAAAAGGGACUUUAAGUUCCAAAUAAAGGGACAUGAAACUUAAUUUUUUUCUUUCAUGAUAUAGAUAGAGAAUAUAAUUUUUAAAAAGUUUUUAUUUUACUUCUAUUAUCAAAUUUGUAUCGUUCUCUUGUUAUUCUUUGUUGAAGAGAUGUCCAGAUAGGUAGCGUGUACAUGUCGGGAGAACUUGCUAAUGUAUGACACUUUUGCAAAAACUGCUGCAAUAUAAAGCUACAGACACGUGCUGAAUUUACCUUUCUGCUUUUCAACAAAGAGUAACAAGAAAACAAAGACAAAAUUAUCAAACAAGUAAAUUGGAAAAAAAAUUUAAUUGUAUGUUCUAUCUGAAUCAUGAAAGAAAAUGUUUGGGUUUGUUUUUUUUUUCUUUUUAAGUUUUGUUAUUCAUUUAAAGCAUGCAAUUUACAAAACAACAAUUUUCCAAUAUACAUUCUGAGUCUCCAGCUCCUAUAAAGUGUACAGUACAUAUGUAAAUGCAUUUUGUGAUUGGUUGAUGGCUGUCACAUGAUAUAUGGGAAGGGAAAAUUUGAUUUACUUUAAAAUUUGCCAGAAAUUAUUCUAUU